GCGGGGCGUUGGUCCCGGUUAAAGGGGAAACUUGACAGCCCGCCGCGCCGCUCCGCGCCGUGCUGCUCCGCUCCGUGCCGCACCGCACCGCACCACCCCGGCCGCUCCGCGCCGCUCCGCAACGCUCCGGCCGCCCCACGCACCUCGGCCCCGCGACCUCUGCCCAAGACUACCACCAAGAUGCUACUUUUGCUGCUGGGGAUCAUCGUGCUCCACGUCUCCGUGCUGGUUCUCCUCUUCAUCUCCACCAUCGUUAGUCAAUGGCUCGUGGGUGUUGGACACACGGCAGACCUCUGGCAGAACUGCACCACCGGUAGCGUCUUCCACUGCCUGACGUCGUCCACGAACGAGUGGCUGCAGUCUGUCCAGGCAAUGAUGAUCCUGUCCAUCAUCUUCAGUAUCUUGUCCUUAUUCCUGUUCUUCUGCCAGCUAUUUACGCUCACCAAGGGGGGACGAUUUUACGUUACUGGAAUCUUCCAAAUCCUUGCUGGGCUCUGCGUGAUGAGUGGCGCAGCCAUCUUCACAGUGAGGCACACGGACUGGCAGCAAGCCUCGGCUGACAUCUCCUUCGGCUUUGCCUAUAUCCUGGCCUGGGUGGCCUUCCCACUGGCCCUCAUCAGCGGUGUCAUCUACAUCAUCUUACGGAAGCGCGAGUGAUCCCACGGGAGGCGGCGUGGCGAUACAAGGGCACUCAUGAUGUCCAUGGAGGAGACGGAGGCGGGGGAAAAUAGACGAGAAAACGGAAAAGAAAAUUAACAAAAAAAAAAAAAAAACACAGAAAAGGAAUAAACCCUCCCACCAAAACCAAACCCAACCAACCCCAAAAGGAAACAUACAAAGGGUUACUUGUUAAUUGAAGAUGUAUAUAGUAUCUAUGGUUUAAAAAACCUAUUUAUAACACUUUUUACAUAUAUGUACAUAGUAUUGUUUGCUUUUGUUGACCAUACACUAUGUUUUAAAGCCUAAGAAAGUGCCUAAGGAACUAUUACUCUUAACAGUGUAACAAGAGCGCAGUGAUUUUUCUCUCAUGCAAAAUCCACUUUGACCUGAACCUUCCUUCCCAACCCGAAGCAAACCAUCAGAAAAAAACCCAGCUCUGACCGAUUUUGCGUUGGCGUAAAUCAGUGCUGCUCCACUGAACAGUGUGGCGUUACACCCCUUCACACCAGCUGGAGGGUUGGCCCCCACUCCUCCCUCAUGCUGUGAUCCUGAUAACCAAAGUGCAUGUACAGGUAUGAUGGGAGACACUUCCAAAAGGUUUGAGAGCUUCCGGAGCAGAAGGUUUAAUUGUCAAAAGUGCCUAAAUGACUUACAUGCCUAAGUCCCAUUGCCUUGCCGCCACACCCAAUUGGGAAUUUGGGCUUCUAAAUCACUUAGGUGCAAUUGCAGCCUGGCUCAGCAGCUCCUCCGGGCCUCUUCGUCCCUGCAGGGCUGGUUUGGGGGCUCUGGUGGGUCACCUGCACUGAGCCAAAGUGCUGGGAACUGUCACUCAUGACCUUGAAGUGUACUUUCGCCUUCCCAUGUAGAUAAACUAUCGAUGAGAAAGACGCAACCCCAGUAUAUCUAAGAAAUGAAAUACCAGAUAUAUGAAAUGGUGCUAUCUAUUUACCAUUCCUUAUAUUGCUAGCCAUUUAACCUUUAUUCACUGGAAAUUCAGUUAACAACCUUGAGGUAAACAACAAUGCUAGAAAGAAGAAAUAAUUAUGUAAUAUAAAUGACCUAUAACUGCUUUUGUACUUAGAUGACUUGCUCUUACUAUUAUUUUUAAUAAAGCAUUUAUAACCAAGGUUCCUUUUUCUCCCCCCGUGGUCAAGAGGAACAGAAACAGCUCUGAGUGGAGCCUCGUUGGUCUCCACUGCCGGAGCAUGAUGUCUGUCCUCCUCUCUGUGCGUCCGAGAUGUGUCUGGCAAUGAAUUGAAUGGGCGGCCUGCUGCAGCCUCUCCUAGGUUGCCUUCUGAGGACUCCAGACACCACUGUGUUGCUUCCUUUUUUUUUUUUUUUUUUUUUUGCUUUGCUUUUCUGAUUUUAUACCGACUGUGUGGACUAAGAAGCAAUGAAAUAAAAGUCAGAAUAACUCA